AUGCUUCGUGUUCUGUUUUUCGGGGUAGGGUCCCGAUCCCUUGUCCAGGAUUUGCUAAUGUGUGUUUGAUGACAAUGACAAUGGGUGUUUGAUGACCCCUGUCAGCUUGACACACUUUAUUUGUCCAAAAUAACUGCGUCAAACCACAUCUUCUUGAUUCGGGGCACCUCGCACUUAGACUACCUUCCCGGAUUCGAUUUUCGGUUUCCGGUCUUCGCCCCGUAUCUGGACUGAUCUCUGGAUCACAUCUCCGCAGGCUAUUCGGGCGUUUGUGCAAUCUACCGCAAAUCUCUUGGCGUGCGUGAAGUCGGCUUUGGUGAAGUGGAUGCAGUGGACAAGGCGGAAGGUCGCAGUGAGCCUCGGCAAUUCCGAACUGAUGUUCUUGCAUGGUUGACUGUGGCGAUCUGUGGAGACCACCCAAGGUGCGAUUGGAAUUGGCAUGUAACUUAACUGUUGUCGGAAUCUACACGCCAAACUCUGGGCAAAGACUCGCGCGGUUGGAUUACCGAGUGAAUGUUUGGGACAAGGAGUUUCGCUCUUAUUUGAGGAGUUUGGACACGCAGGCUGAAUGCAAUUUGGGUGUGGUUGUGUGCGGCGACCUGAAUGUAGCACAUCAGGACAUAGACAUAUGGAAUGCUGGAGCUUCCCACAUUCAGAAGUCGGCUGGGACAACACGAGAGGAAAGGGAAAGCUUUGGUGCAAUGCUAAAAGAGUUGGAUAUGAUCGAUGCAUUCCGUUGGAUGAACCCAGCAAAUCAAGUGUAUACAUACUGGAGUCGCAGAGCCAAGAAUCGGCCGCCCAACAAGGGACUGCGACUUGACUAUUUUCUUUGCAGCAGAAGGCUAUUCAAUCAGAGUUCGGAGGCCUUUGUUCGCAAUAGCUGGGUGCUGAAUUCUUUUGGUGGCAGUGAUCAUUGUCCCAUCUCGUGUGUGCUGAGCUUGCCGACUGGAUCAAAGGAAGCAACAGCGAAAAGAGUGAUUGCCUGUCCGGCCUGCAUACGUUUCAGCUUUUUGAGUAAGGGCGCCACCGGUGUAUAG